ACCCAGCACUGAGACAUCUAUUCUUUGAGCUGAAAAUGAUGUGCAGUAGCAAGAGUUUGCUCCCGGCUGCUUUGAUGUCAGUGUUGCUACUCUACCUCUGCAGCAAUUCAGAAGCAGCAAGCAACUUUGACUGCUGCCUCCAAUAUACAGAAAAAAUCCUUCAUCCCAAAUUUAUCGUGGGCUUCACACAGCAGCUGGCCAAUGAAGCUUGUGACAUCAAUGCAGUCAUCUUAUACACAAGGAGAAGAUUAGCUGUGUGUGCAGAUCCAAAGAAGAAUUGGGUGAAACAAGCAGUGCAUAUCCUCAGUCAAAGAGUCAAGAAGAUGUAAAAAUGGAUACUCCAUGAAAUGGAACUGGACACAGCCCAAGAACAAAAGGAACCUAGCUGAGUUGGCAGUUUCACUUACACACUGUUGAAGGUUCAGAGCUUAUCUGAUUUGUGUCUCAUUGGACUUGUCCAAUUAGUGAAGUUGAUUCAUAUUGCAUCACA